AAUCCACCAUUCCACACAGACAACCGAUCAUAUUGAGGAGCCAAUGAGCAACGUGGUACAACUACAACAAGAUCAGAAAGAACCACCACCACCACCACCAGCUCCCAACACACCGACACAAAAAAACCUGCAAAAAAAAAAAAAAACAAAGCCCAGCAGACCGGGCCCAAGAGAAAAGAAUGGACAUCCCAUCGGACCCGAUCCCGAAGAACUUCGAUGCCGCCAAUGCGCCCAACUUGCCCGAAAUCGAGAAACAAUUCGCAGUCCGAUGCAUCGAGCAAGCCGAGACUUACUGGAACCUACUCGGCGCGAUCCCGCCGAGCAAGAUGAAGCUAACCAAACAUGACGACGAGAUCCUCAAGGAGUUUCAGGCGGCGUUCCCGGCAAUGGCGGCGAACAAGGACGGGGCGUUGCAGAGGAUCGACGAGGGAUCGUUGAAGAGUGCGGAGGGCAAAGAAGCCUGGCGCAAGUACAUCAAGCUCUUCGAAUCCACCGUGUCGGACUAUAAUUUCGGCACCUUGAUUCGGACAAAUGCGGCCGAAGACUACACCGAGAAAAACACGAUGUUCAUCACCCGGAUCCAGUUCUAUGCCAUCGAGAUCUGUCGCAACAGACUCGGCUUGAACGACCUUGCCCAUCAACUGGCCAAGAAAGAAUGGGCCGCGAAACAGGCUAAACGAUCUUAGCCCAAUCUCUCCUUCUUUUUUGAUUUGAUUUGAUUUGUCUUCUGCUUUUUUUUCUUUUUCCUGCUGUCGAUUGUGUGUGUGUUUUUGUCAUUCUUAGAUGGAGAGGUCGGUUUUCCAAUUAAGACAGAGAAACGAAAAGAGAGAAGACCGGUGAGACUCUGUCCACAUACACACAAACAAACAGGCCCAGAUCCCAGCUAGAAAGAAGCCGAAUCGAUGGGAGAGAACAGUGUUUUCUCUUCCUGCUCCUUGUAUUUUUUUUUUUUUUUGGCGCAUGAACAAUCGACAUCUUUGCAAAACAAAAAAAAAGAGAGAUCUGAAGAUACGCACACACAAGAUGAUGGGAGCACCUGAUAGAGAUCUCUGAAAUGUAUACUUGAUGACCA